CGUGCCCGUUCCCGCCUGCCCCUUCGAUCCUCUCAGCGCGCCUGCGCGGUGACGUCACCUGAAGGAGGAAGUGAAGCGUUAUUUGAUAAUGGCGGCGGUGUGAGGGAAGCUGCGGCUCGGGCUGUGAGGGAGGGCGCUGCCACAUUGGGUUUGGGUGAGUAUCCGGCUCCAUGUCCCGGCCCCCAGGGAAUCGGCGGGGGGAGGGCUGCCCUCUGAGCAUUGCCACUGGGGGGGAGGGGAGGGGGGUAAUCGGAGAGCUGCCACCUCUCAUCUAAUAUUAUACCCCUCUAUAUAUAUACCCCUCUAUACAUACUCCCCUCCUCUAUAUAUCCCCCCCCCAUAUACCCCCUAUAUAUCCCCCUCUAUAUUACUCCCUCCCUCUAUAUAUCCCCCAUCAUAUAAGUACCCCCCCCAUCAUAUAUAUACCCCUCUAUAUAUACCCCCACGGUCGACUUUGAUCGAUCUGGUCUUUUAUCUUAUCUCGACUUCGACUUUAUCGACGGAUUUUUUAUUUUUGUGUAUUUUAUUUUAUUUUAUUUUAUUUUAUUUUUAUUUUUAUUUUUAUUUUAUUUUAUUUAUCUUGAUUUUGUGUUUUGUAUUUUAUUUUGUGAUAUUUUAUCUUUAUCUUUGUCCUGAGACUGAGACAGACACCUUCAUCCUCCUUUUACUCCCUCAUCCUCCUUUUUACUCCCUCACCAAUAGGUGCAGUAGUGAUGGUGGGUUCACUGUAUAUACAAACAUGAAGGGGUUAAUUCAUUUCACCAGUAGGUGCAGUACUGAUGGUGGCUGCUCUGUAUAUCUACACACACAUGAAGAGGUUAUUUAAUUUCACUAGUAGAUGCAGUAGUGAUGGUUACUGCUCUGUGUAUAUACACACAGAGGUUAAUUGAUUUCACCAAUAGGUUCAGAAUAUAUAUAUAUAUUACACACAUACACGGCAUAUUGUAUCUCCAUAGAGUGGAAGAACACAAGGAUCUUAGUGUAUGCAUUGAAUGUUGGUGCCUAUAUUUAGUAUUAAUAUAUAAUAUGUAUUAUACAAAACAUCCGGAAUAUAAAUUAGGAGCCAUACAUUAACAAAUACAGUGUGCUUGGAAAUAAUUGGAAUGCACAAUUAUUACAGCCUUCAAGUUAGGUAUUCUGUGCACUGGGCGUAUGGGGAACUGGCCAGGGAAUUGGGCAUUUUACACCUAAAUAACUAGACGGGGAAACCAAUCUAUUUUCAAACUAAAACCUUUACAUUCGAAAUCCUUGGUUUUGUUGUUUUAGAACAGAAUUUUGCAUUUCCUUGUUCCUCUCUCCUCAAUUCCUGUUUGAGGGGAAAAAAACCUAUUGGCUCUGAAAGCAUCAUGCUUAACAAUUGGUAGCAAUAUUCUCAUUAUAGCCGUUUAUUUUCUCUCUAACACUAACAGAGGAUAGAUUGCUUAGUUUUACUCAAUGUUUUUAUACAGGUUUAUUUAGCUACAUUUUGUGGUUUUCUAAAUAUAUUGCCAUUUAGGGCAAUCCCUAUAUACUUUGAACUGCAUUUUGGUGAUUGUUGCAGGUGUAAAAGUUUAGGGGAUAUCCAUUUUUAAAAAAAAAAAAAAUUUUAAAUCAAUAUGUUGGUGGGACUUUUAUAGCAAAUGAAUCAUGGUGAGCAGUGAUGCAGCUAAUUUAACAUGUUUCACAAAACGAUGUAACACUAUAUUGCUCUGAUUUGAUCUCUGAGCAGAAGUCUGCAAAAUAUGCUAACAAAAUGUUAACGCUUUAUUAACUUUCGAUGGACAAUUAGAUUGCAAACCAGUCAGUUGUCUGUUUUUUGCUCUCACGGGUUAAAGUCAGCCCAUAGAUAAACAAAUGAAAAUGUGCAGAUUUUGGGGGCAUGUCUUAUUAAACUGCUCUGUAAGAGAAAUCUGAUAAAUCUUUUCGCACUUGGGUUUCUGCGGCAAGGUUAACGUAAACAUAUAGUCACGGUGGAUGAUGUAGCUUUGUAAGGGCACAUUAGAAGUAUUUUAUUUUUGGUUUUCUGUAAGUAGUGCAAUAGAGAUUCUAAUUACGCUAAUAAUAUUGCUUAACCUGAAAGUCUUGUUUUAUUUUUUUAAUGACUUUGUCAGUGACUUUUCUUUGCCUCAUUAGGCAGAUGUGAUGUGAAGGUGACAACGUUCUCAUUUACCUAUAGGUGACUCCUGAUGGCUUCUUCCUGUCUAGCAGAGUUUAACAAACUCCAGUCUCAACCAGACUUGGGAACAAUGAAAAGUUUUUCUGUGGGCCUAACAAUGGAAAAUAUUAUUUAUUAUUUUUGUGUGCAUGUGCCAUCCAUAUUUCCUGGAAUAUGUAAACAAAUAGAAACAAAAUUGCAGUUCAGUAGAUAUACCCCCAAUGAAAAUAUGGAUGUAUGUGUGCAUUUUUUUUUUUUUUUUUUGGUUUAAAUCUGAAAAUGACUUGUAAUAACUGCAGAUCUCUUUUCUGUAAGCCCUCCCCUUCUCAACCUGCCCAGACUUUCUGUGGCUGUCCAAUCACAGACUCCCCAAUGCAGCUCAAUGAGAAGUCUUUGCAAGGCAGGUGCUCUGACAAUUGCUGCCUCUUGAGUUUCUCCACUGAGAAGUGACUUUCUAUUGAAAUCUGCAUUAUUUUUUUUUAUAAAAUGAAAAAAAUAGGACGCAUCUGGAGUGUUCUUUUACAUAUUGAUAAUUAUCCUGGGCUGCUUUGUGUACCUUUUUUAUAGAAUGUUAUAUUUUUUUUUUUUAAAUAUUUUUCCUCAAUCCACAUUGGUUCCAAUAUUUGUUCACAAAGCGUAUACUGUCGUAAGGCAUACAUUGAACAGCUCAUUUAGAGAAUAGAUUAUACAUCACAAGAGGGCUCUAAGCUGCGUUGCGCGUGAGUAUUUCUGUGAUUUGAGUUUUUUUGUUUUGUUGUGUAAGCCUGGCGGGGUGUCGCAUGAGUGGAGUGGCCACUGGUCUGUGGGUCAUAGGAGUAGUACGGGUGGUAGGCAUUCCUGUGGCCAGGUAUAUGCCCCUUCCCUCAGAGAACGUUUGUGCAUUCUGUGCAUUUUUUAGGGUUAGGGAGUUUCAAGUUGUAUCUUUGCCUCUGAUCUUCCUGGGCGUCCAGCCUGCGAUCAAUCUGCAGCCUGUGCUGGUCCAGGGCAGCCAGACCUCUCUCCACCACGGUAAGCCGGCUCUCAUGUGUGUUUUGAGUGGUCUCGAGUUGGGCCACUACAGUAGUCGCGUGUUCAAUGGCUUUUCUGAGGGGGGCCAAGUCUCCCGCGGAGUUCUGCUAGCAUCGCCUUGAGUUGCGCCGCAGUGACCGGAUCCCGGCCUGUUGCGGCCUCCAUUGGGAUAUUGCCCUUCUGUACAGCCUGGGUGGUUCUUUCCAUCGGGGCUAUAGCCAUAUCUUCCGAUGAGUAUGAGGAGCCGUCGUCUGCCAGCGCCAUGUGAGCUCCGGAAUGGGCCCCCGAUGUCCCGGCCCUGCGGGCUCCUGUCAGGCUUGGGUUUUUUGUUUUUGCGGCCCAUCCUCGGUCUAGUGUCCAGGGAAUUGGGUUUUGUGAGGUUGGAUGAUCCCUUGUCUGCAAUUUUAGCUGUUUUUAGGCAGUUUCGAGCGGAGCACAGCGAGCUUGCGACCAUCCAGGUUCACCGCUAGGCUCUGCCUCAAAUCUGUCAUAUUUUAACUAGUUGCCUCCUCUUCUUUACGCCCCAAUUUGUGAAUGUUCCCAGCAUAUUUUUCAAUAGAAAAUCAAAUUUUAUUUAUAAAAUAUUUUACCAGGAAAGAUACAUUGAGAUUUCUCUCGUUUUCAAGUAUGUUCUGGGUCCACAAAACAUUGCAUUGAUACAUUAUGGUACAAUAAAAUACAAAAACAAUAUUAAAACAUAAUUUAUACAAAAUUUAACAUAGAAUAGGUAGGAAAUAUAUAAUCAACCAUGACAUGUGCAUUCUGUUUUGAGGUAUGUAGAGAGGGAUCUCUUAAAGGACUUUAGGCCUAGGGAAGAUUUUAAAGUGUGCGGGAGGUCGUUCCACAAUUGCGGCGCUCUGUAGGAAAAGGAGGAUCGGGCUGCUUUCUUUUUGUAUUGAGGUAGACUAAAUAAAGUCCUGGUACUGGAUUGGGGUUUAUAGGACAGGUAAAGGCAACCUUCGGCAUGCCAGAUGUUUUGGACUACACCGCCCAUGAUGCUUUGUCAGCAUUAUGGGGGAUGUAGUCCACAACAUCUAGAGUGCCCAAGGUUGCCUACCCCUGUUAUAGGAGGUGGGAACAGCCGAGGAGAGCAUUUUGCUCAGGUAGGGUGGGAGUUUCCCAGAAAUGCUCUUAAACACAAGGCUGGAAAGAUGAAGGGUGCGUCUGGAUUCCAGCGACAGCCAGUUUAGUUCUUUUAGCAUGUCACAAUGGUGGGUCCUGUAAUUACAUUGUAGCACAAAUUGGCAGAACGAGUUAUACAAUGUGUUGAGUUUAUUAAGGUGGGUUUGCGGUGCAGAUGCAUAUACUACAUCACCAUAAUCAAUGAUUGGCAUCAGCAUUUGCUGUACAAUCUAUUCCUUUACUGUAGGGCUUAGGCAGAAUUUGUUACAGGGCACCUAGUUUUGGAUAAAGUUUAGAUGCAAGUUUUUCUAUGUGGAGGCCAAAAGUCUAACAUCAUACCCAAGUAUUUUAAAGAGUGGACUGCGGUCAGUGUGCCAUUUGAAUUUGUUUUGAUGGAUAGGUGGGAAUUGUGUAAUUUAGGUACUGUUCCACAGCUCAUUGUGACAGUUCUGUCAGUGUUUAGGAAGAGUUAGUUUUUUUGUGAUUCACUUUUCUUCCUCUGUGAACUGGUCUUGGAGCAUAGCCUCAAGCUGUGGUAGAUCAGAUUUGCUCGCAUAGAUUACUGUGUCGUCUGCGUACAUGUGUACAUUUGAGGAUUUGCAGGCUUUAGGCAGAUCAUUUAUGAAUAAUGUAACUAGUAGGGGGCCGAGAAUGGAACCAUGGGGAACACCACACGUGACUGGGAGAGUGAGGGAGUUGCUGUCAGAAAUGGACACACAUUGCGAGCGAUCCGAUACAUUAGAUCGAAACCAGGUUAGGGAACAAUCACCAAUACCUGAGUUUUUGAGUUUGUGCAGUAGAAUGUCGUGGUCUUACCGUGUCAAACGCCUGACUUAUUUGCGAGGUAUAAUAUGGUGUUUCUAAAUUUCCAUCCAGCAUCAUGGGAUUUAUAGUUCUGCUAAGCCUAGGGUGUUACUUUUAGGACAACACAGCUAUUAUUAUUAUUAUUAUUAUUAUUAUUUAUUAUUAUUAUUUUUAAAGAGCCAACAUAUUCCAAAGCACUGUACAUCUGGAAAAAAAAGACAGUCCAAAAUAAACAGACCCGUUAAGUGACUUUGUGGAAUCGAGCCUAAUGAAUAGAGAUCUAUUUAGCUGAUGGAAUUCACAGCCAGGAUGCAAGGGGGAGGUUGAGCAAAGCAGAUAUUUCUUCUAUACAACUGAAAUAUUUGCUAACCAAGUUAUAUCAGCCGAAAUAUUAAAGGAUCACUAUAUGGUCAGGAACACAAAAAUGUAUUCCUGACACUAUAGUGAAACCCUUACCAUAUAGGUGGCUUGCCUCUAGCCCCCUGAGAAUGGGUUAAAACUCACCUUAUUUUCAUCUCUCCACGGGUAUGCUGGCGCUCGCCUCACCCCCUUGGUGACAUCAUCAAAAUUCCCACGGGGAAAGCAUUGGAUUGGCUAAAAUCGGCACGGGGCCCCUCAGGGCACUAUAGUGCCAGGAAAGAGUGUUUUCCUGGCACUAUAGUGGUCCUUUAAGCUGUAGUAGUUCUGGUGACUAUAGUGUCCCUUAUUAACUCCAUGUAACUGCAAGUGCAAAAUAUUACAGUAGUAAACUACAGGUAAAAAUUUAAACAAUGUGCUUACAAAGGUAGAAUAAAUUGGGUGGUUAAUGUAAGGUUUAACUAACUAACCCUGGGAGGAUGAUGGCCUGUUAGUCCCUGUUUGCACUGUUAUGAGCAUUGCUGUGAAAUGCACAAUCACCGGGGUCACUUGCAGUAUUUGCUGAUGCCUCGAUUGAUGUCUUUUUACUUGGAAUACAUUGAAACAUUCUAACUUGGUUCUUUGUACAGAUAUUCACAUACAAACAGGGUAGAUUUACUUGUAACAAACCUCCAAACUAGGCACAUCCUCCAGGCCUCGAAGGGUCGGUGUAUGUUCAGGACAUGAGAUCCCCAGUUUUUGUUCUGUCUCGAUGUCCAUAAAACAUAAGGAAGUAAAGGUCCGUAUUCUCAGGCCGUCAGAAAGGAAUAUCUUCAUUUACUGGUCCUCCUUUGGCCCUGGGAAAUUCCCUGAUUAGCACAUUGUAUAUUGCUUUAUGGGUUGUGGUGCACACUGAUUUCUAUAUAUCUCUCUGUAUCCAUAAGCCAGUGCGAGCUGACUGAGUUAGAAAGUAACACCAAACAUGCUUUUCUUUGCUUGUGCUUCGACUACCGCUUUAAGAAACUGAUCUUUACUGCUAUUUGGAAAUCCCCAUUUCAAUUCUGCAGCUGAUAUCCUUUGGACCAUGUGAUCCUAGUUUGUCUUAUUAUACAUGUUCACAGGAAUCACUUUAUUGCAAAGGUACAGCUUCCAAACCAGACCGAUUCAUUUCUCAAAAUACAGGAUUUUCUCACAUACAUACGCGCUUCUGUUCUGAAACCAUUUCUGUGUGUAUUAGAACAUAUUUAUGCUUCACGCAUGUUUACAUCACUAUCAUUUGAUCUUGGUGUAUCUUUCGCAUUUUUUUUUCUAUUUUUGAUGUACAUGUGUAUAGCAAGAAUAACAGUACAGACAUUUACAGAUUGUCAUGAGAUAAGCAUUUCCAUCAGCAAAUGUGUAUAUUGUAAUCAGCACCCAUUGCAGAGCUGUAGUAAUGGGUCAAGCUGAGGCACUGCAAAUAGAUUCAACUGCUGAGAUAGUUGUGUGCAGGUUGGCACUUGAAUCUGGUCUCUUCCUGAUCUUGUAAGACUUGCGGGUAACCGCCAAUAUAAGCAGCUGUCGGGUAAUCUUGGUUUUCCGGUUAUUAAGCUUGUGUGGAGUGCGACCAGCCACCAUGAUGCUCAGGCCCCGCCCCUGCAUUGUUAUUUUUAAUAACCGGUACUCCGCUUUUGUUUACAUGUGAUAUACGUCAUAUAAGCAAGUUAAAGUUACAUUUUCAUACCUUGUCCUUUACGAAAAGUGUGACAGCGCAAGAAUGGCGUGUAAAUGUUUCAGAGACAUGCGUUCAUAGGAAAAAUGAGUUGUUAGGCUCCUCCUUUUAUUUUAGGGUACAUCGGUAAUCUCGGUUUAUGUACACUCAAGGUGGUUCAGAUUUGAGAACUAACUUACAAAAAAAUGGAACACCCUGAUAAAGAUAGGCUUGUUUAGGAGAUGAAUACCAUGGGCGUUGUAUUAAAUGCAGAUAUUGUGUGACUGCGAGUACAUAAUGCGAGAUGGAUGAUCUGAUGGAACAUGGAGAAGAUAGAACGGGGGAGAACAUAUUUGCAUGUCCUUGACCUGUACUGUGUGGACAUGUUUUAUUUUUUGAGAUUUAGAGCUAGAAUUUUUUUUUUUUUAAAUUAAAAUUGUUCUCUAAUUGUUCUGAACUUUCAAACUAGUUUGGUAACCUCAAUGAUGAGCCCUUAGGCAUCCCGCAGGUCUGUAUAAAGAUUUUUCUCAUUGUUUACCAUUUCAGUCUCUUUCUUCAAGUGACUGGAAGGCAUGACCUAUAACACCAAUAAAAUGCUGGGGACUUUUCUCUGUUAGACUCCCUGACUCCCUGGGGCUGUCACUGCUAAUCUAAAUGCACAUUCACUUAGGUGGUCCUGUCAUUUUAAUGCAGUGAUUGCCACCUUGGCAUCCCAGAGAUUUGGAAACUACAGUUAUUGCUCUGCAGACCUGGCAAAACUACUUUUAUUUACUUUUUAUUUUUAUUUUUUUCAAUUUACAUUUUUUUUUCUUUGUCAAAGUAAGGAACUGGGUAAAAAAAAAAAAGACGGAAGAGUCUAACAUUGUCCUGAGAUAACAUGUUAUACGUGUGUGUGUGUAUGUAUAUGUGUGUGUAUAUAUAUAUAUAUAUAUAUAUGUAUGUGUGUGUAUAUAUGUAUGUAUAUAUAUGUAUAUAUAUGUAUAUGUAUAUAUAUAUAUAUAUAUAUUUGCACAUUGAUAUGGGAGAUGAAAUCUGUGAUUUACAAGUUGUUCAGGCUAAGAAAUACCUUAUAUUUCUGUCUGUAGGAACAUUAAAGAAAUUAAACAUUUCCAUGGAAAUUGAAACUAUAACCUGUGGGUUGUAUCAAGUGGAAGCUUUGCGACCAAAACAAGUGUUUUGAAGGUCUAGAGCAGCUGAUGUGAUAUAGAGUAUUUGCUGAAUCUUUACAUGUCCCGCACAAUGGGAAUGUGUAUACGUGCUGGGGUCAAGUACCAACAGUAAAUUAAUUUACUUGUUUCUAAAUGGUUUGUACAGCUUGCAGCCCCUCUUAAUGCCACCGGAGCUCUGUGCCAAACUUGAAUGUCAAAAGGCUUGCCAAUAUCCUCUUUCCACUUACGCAUGUAAUGGGCAUUGGAGGAAGAUAGAGGGUGUAGAGAAUUAAUUUAGACAUUCAGGGUGAGAGAAAACACCGGUUAUAUGGGUACGGUAUGUUUGAUUGCUUUUACCUGCAAAUACGUAAAUAUUAAUAACAAAUCAAUGGUAACAGUAGAGGCUAGCUCUGGGAUUAUUUGGGAGGCUGUGGAAUUAUAGGGACACUCCACACUCACUCAAUGUCAACUUGCUAAAGUGCUUUGUGUGUUUGGAACCUGUCACAUAUCUGACCAUUCAUAGAAGUGUGUAGAUUUCAGUAGCGCUUUUAUAUUUUAUAUAUAAUUUAUCUAAUCAGCCAGGGAGGUUUUCUUCCGCUUUCGUUUGCGUCAGGAAUGUAACAGAAGUGUCAGGUGUGCUGUGAGCGCUUAGAGCGCUUAGUUUCCCUUUGCAGUGAGCUAUAUUGGAAAGCCACAAGAGGGUGCACUUGUGACUCUAGCAGCGACACUUCUCUUUGAGAGGACUCUGAUUGCACAGGCUUUCACUCUGAGCAAUCAUUGGGAAAUAGACCCAAUGGGAAGAAAGUGUAAUUAUAUGUUCUCCUUGGGGUAUAUCUACUAAAUUAUUUUUAAAAAUCCGUUAAGAGAGAAAACCCAACACUGAAGCCUGCUCUGCAUGAUAACUCUGAUCAAACUCUCAAACUACAUUGUACAACUAUACUUGUGUAAAUGUCAGGCAUGCCCAAUGCACUUUUCCACAUUCCUAGGGAUAGGACACUGAUGGGUUCAAUCAGUUUGUCCCUGUGGGUGUGAAAAGCUUAAAGGACCACUCUAGGCACCCAGACCACUUCAGCUUAAUGAAGUGGUCUGGGUGCCAGGUCCUUCUAGGGUUAACCCAUUCUUUUAUAAACUGAAACUGCUAUGUUUAUGAAUGGGUUAAGCCUUCCCCCUAUUUCCUCUAGUGGCUGUCUCAUUGACAGCCGCUAGAGGCGCUUGCGUGCUUCUCACUGUGAUUUUUCACAGUGAGAGCAUGCCAGCGUCCAUAGGAAAGCAUUGCAAAUGCUUUCCUAUGCGACCGGCUGAAUGAGCGCGCAGCUCUUGCCGCGCGUGCGCAUUCAGCAGACGGGGAGUAUCGGAGGAGGAGAGCUCCCCGCCUGGCGCUGGAAAAAUAAGUUUUUUGUUUUGUUUUUUUUUCCUCCCCCCUUUCCCCCUUCCAGAGCCGGGUGGGGGCACCCUCAGGGCACUAUAGUGCCAGGAAAGCGAGUAUGUUUGUUUUCCUGGCACUAUAGUGGUCCUUUAAGACAGAAGCAGGUAAAUAUGAAACUGGAAAAUCUUGGCAAAAAUUUAAUCUAUGCAUUUCUAUGAGGAAAGUUCAGUGUCUCCAUGCAGAGGGUGGAGACACUGAAUGUCAGUCACACUGUGCAGCACUGCCCCAGGAAGCACUUCUAGUAGCCAUCUAAGGAGUGUCCAGUGGAGGUAUCCUUAGGCUGUAAUGUAAACACUGCAUUUUCUCUUAAAAAACGCGUUUACUGCAAAAAGCCUGAAGGGAACGAUUCUUCUCGCCAAAACAAAUACAACAAGCUGUAGUUGUUCUGGUGAGAAUAGUAUCUUUUUUUAAUAAAUUACUAUUUUUAUUGUAUUUAACAAUCACUUUGUAGAAAACGCUUAUAAACACCCUCCAUAUUCACAGCAUGCAUAAUCAAGGCUGUCUUUAAUGAAAUCUUUCUAAAGUCUUGUGAUGGGACGUAAGCAGUUUGUAGUGUCAAUGCCACGUUAUUAUAAAAUACAUUUUGCCUCGCUGGUCAAUCCACAAAUGUGAUGCCCCUGUGCAUGAUCUAUCACACACAUGCAUGCUCUGAGUACUAGUUUAAAGGAUUAAACCAUGAUCUUUCAGUAUUUUGAAGUUGUUGUGGAGCAAAGACCCUGUUGUUGUUUGUGUUUUUUUUAAUCUUUUUUGUGUUUGGUUUUUUUUCUCGAUCUAAAUAAAUUGUUUGCACGCUCCCAUGGUCCUUGAAACUGACCCGAAAGGAGAGAACAGGAGUGGAGAAAGAUUUAAACCACAUAAAAUAUACUGGCCAUUGCACAAAAUGUAGAUUGCAUGCACCGUGUCCUUUGCAUUUGCACUUCUAUUGUGUCAGCCCUUUCAAGCUGCGGGGAAUGGCACAUCAUCCGGCAAAUAUUAGUGCUAACUGGCACCACUUGAAAUUGUCAUUUAGAUCUGACCUGUCCUCUGAAAGCAAUGGUCCAUUAUUUAACGUGUUAAAAGACUCUGCAGACAUUUGAUUUUCUGGCAAACAUACCUAGAAUUCGCUAGUAUCAAUUAUUGUUCAAUGCAAACAAAAUAAAAAAAUAGAUGUGUGUGUGUGUAUUGUAAAAUCUGAAUUGUCACUUCAUCUGGGGUUUUUUACAUUUGUGAUGGUUUUUUGUUUUUGUUUGUUUGUUUUUUAAAUAGUUUUAACCUUUCUCAGGUCAUUCAACCCAGCAAAAUGUCUUUAUUUUUCCCCACUGCCCUUCUAGCAGUAGGUUUUGGCGAAGAUUUUCUAUGUAUACACAGUUCUAUUUAAAUACAGCAAAUUAUUUGUGUAAGAUGUGUAUUGGCUGUUCCAAUCGGUGACUACGAAUCACUACUCUGUUACCAGGUUUAAUAUGUAUUAGACUGUGACUUCUACUUUAAAAACACUGACAUGGUUACAGAAGCGUAUAGGCUGGAAAAAGUUCAUAAAUUUCCCCUUUCACAUAUGUUUCUGCUAUUGAUCUUCUUGGAUCCCUUUUACCAAAGAGUUCUAAUUUCAGUUUCUUUUUAUUUAUGCCCAUAGUGUUCACUAAAAUGAUGGAUCUCAACUUGGUCUGGUUGAACCCGCUGCCAUAGAAAAGCCAUGGAUGAGAAGACCUCCCCGCUGUGACCUGAACUGCAUUUCAAUGGAUACAAAGUACAAGGAAGACCUCUUCAGAAAGUAUGUACAGUUCCAUGAGUCGAAACUGGAAGCUUCAGACACUAAGCAGAGAACUAUCAAUGAUGAAUACCUGCGCACAGCGGCCUCGGCCCUACUUAGCUUGCCUAAAAUCGACCCGUCUUAUCGAUUCAGGCUGAUUAGAUUCUACGAGGUCUGUGAAAACUCUCUGAAAUCCCUGCGGACAUCAAACCUACGCUCCCUUCACAAUGCAGCGGCAAUGCUGGAGACUAUUGGGAUUAAUCUUUUCCUUUAUCCAUGGAAGAAAGAAUAUAAAAAUAUCAAGGUGUGAACAUUGGCACAGAUUGCUUGCUUUUUCUGAAGGUUGCUUUACGAUUCCAGUUUUAGUUGUAUCAUGAGUUUAAAUUGAAUGUGUCGGCUAACGUGUCCCGUGCUGUUUGCAGUUUGUUUUAUGUUUGUGAGAAAUUAUAGUUUUAAUCUCUUUGAUAGAUGUUAAAAGGAAACGCCAGUGCCAGGAAAACAAUCCGUUUUCCUGGCACUGCAGGUCACCUCUCCCUCCCACCGCCCCUUCCCCGGUUGCUGAAGGGGUGAAAACCCCUUCAGUAACUUACCAGAGGUAGCGACAUAUCCCACGUCGCUGCUUCUUCCGCCGCUCCUCCUAGUGAUUGCGUCGGCCGGUUGGCGAGACUGAACGCAUUAGCACUCCCCAUAGGAAAGCAUUGAAAAUGCAUUUCAAUGCUUUCCUAUGGGGAAAUGAGCGACGCUGGAGGUCCUCACACAGCGUGAGGAUGUCCAGCGACGCUCUAGCACAGGUUUCCUGUGCUAGAAACCAGGAAGUGCCCUCUAGUGGCUGUCUAGUAGACAGCCACUAGAGGAGGGGUUAACCCUGCAAGGUAACUAUUGCAGUUUAUAAAAACUGCAAUAAUUACAGUUGCAGGGUUAAGAGUAGUGGGAGUUGGCACCCAGACCACUCCAGUGGGCAGAAGUGGUGUGGGUGCCUGAAGUGUCCCUUUAAAUAACUUCUCACCUGCAGUGCAGGCAUAAUUACACUAAUAGAACACCCACCUACCCCAUCACAUUUGGCCCAGCACUAACACUAGCAGGGUAUGCUUCAGGUAACCCGCAUGCUUUUGUGCCAGCACAUCUCAGUAGGUCUGUCAUUCAGUUUCUGUAUUCCUCUAGCACAAACUCCAAGUGCGCUUGCUACAGCAAUUAAAGCAUAAGCAAUGUAAAAUAAUAUGCCAUUUAUCAGCUCCAGCUUUGCUCAGGGGAUAAAGUUAUUCUUACUUUAUCUUUUUUGUUCUUACUUUUAUCUUUAGUCAAAAUGAGUAUUUCAUAAAGAUUUUAUCUUUGUUAAAUACUCACAGAUGACCAGGUUGCUUUAAAGUGUCCCUCCAAGCACUAUAACCACCGUAGUGAUUUAAAAUGGUCAUGGUGCCUUGUCUGUGCAGCGUUUCGUUAUGAAACUCAGAGAUUAACUCCUCUGCUGCUGGAUGUGUAACUUCACCUCUGAAUGCAUCAUUAGCCAGUCCAAGAGUUCCAGAUGGUUAAUGUGAAUUCUGUGCAAAGUUGGCACCUUAUGCAGGUACGCACAUCAUGCUAGCGUCAGACUACUAAUGCCCCCCGUGUUCUACUCCUGACUCUUUUUGGCUUUCGUGCUGUGUAAAAAUGUAUAUAAGGAAUACGCCUUGUACAUUCCUACCAAUCAAAUUAUAGGAGGAGGUUAGCAGUGGCAUGAAUCUUUUAGAUCUAGCUAGUUACAUUGUUUACUUAUCACAGAUUGCAUUGCAGUAGUGUGAGGUACAGUAGGGAUACAGUGUGUAUGCACUAAGAUUUUACAGGUAACUGUAUAGUAGAUGUUAAAGUGGCUCUCUCAUCUUCUGGGGUCUAUUUUGCAAAGGCUCCCAACAGUGACUGUGCUACUCUGGGUGCAGCAGAGGUUAUACUUCCCUGAUGCUGUCCUCUGUGGGUGCUUAAUUCUUCAGGUGCCCAUGCUCUUGCACUAGAGCUGGGCUUGACAAAGCCAUCGUGACUAGGAAUUGUGCCCUGGUGCCUAGGUGUUUGUCAGCACGUUCUGUCCCUGAGGUGACCACCUGAGGGAGAUCAGAGGCAGGUGGGUGGGCGAGUGGCUGGCCAGUUGAAUGAGUGUAGGCGGUGAGGGAACUAUAAUCUUCUUGCUCUGCCCCUCGCAUGCCCUGCCGGGAGCCGGAAUAUUUCUCUCCGGACCUGGCAUCACUAAGCAGCGCAUGAGGGAGCAGAGCCAGAAGAGCUUGAAAAUGAGCAGAGAGCCUCACAAGACCCCAGGAAAAGCAUCCACUCCAGCUCUCACAAAGGUAGGGCGAUGGGUGGACAAAUAAUAAAACAAAUCAUUUGUGUGUGUGAGCUUUACAGUGUAAGUGUGCAGACUCAUUAAGCUAUAGUGGUUCCGGUGACUAUAAGGUCCCUUUUAAGGAACUUAUGUUGAUGUUGAAAAAUCCUAACUUUAUCUGGCUCCUAGAUUCCAAGCAAAUUGGACAAGGCCUGCACUAGAGCCUCCAUAGAUAUUCUCUUGCGAUGAGCAUGAUAAUGCCUUAUUCACACAGUGGUGACAACUGCUUUAAGUGUAGUAUUAUAGAGGUGUAUUAUGCAUGUGAAUUGGGCCUAGUUUUUUGUUUUUUUUUGCUAAUUGGAAGAUGGCUGGCAGAUUAGACUAAGUGGAGAAGGAAGUGGAAUUUGAGGAAUCCGUGUAAGAAAAAUGUUACUUUAUUUAACCUAGUGUUUCAAAGUUUUUGGGUGGUUAAGAAUUGGAGAAUACUGUUUGGCUGGAUAAUAUGUAUUUUUUUUAUAUUGUUAUAUUGUAUAUCUGACCUGAUGUUUUAUCUCCCCCUUUUCUCUUGCCAGACCUACACUGGGCCAUUUGUUUACUAUGUGAGAGCUGCUUUGGUCGAUGAUGAUAUCCGGCAUAUUUUAAACAAUAUGGGAUAUGUUCAAGAACUUGGGACGGUUUAUAGACUGAAAGACCAUGUGGACAGCACUCAGGUCAAGAGAGUUGCUUUUGAGCUUUUCCUCGCCCGAGUGGAAUGUGAACUUCUUCUUGAGAUCUAUUUACAAGUGAAGGACAAAGGCUACCUGGAGAUUAAUGUUGUGAGUGAAAGGAAGAACAGCAAUGAGGACGUCAGAGGGUGCACCGAUGAAAUGAAACGCAGGGCAGAAUGUAAAGAAACCUUGAACAUAUCUAUGGCAAGAAUGAUUCUUCAGAAAUCAGCCAGUGAGAGAGCUCCCUCAAAAGACUACUUCAAGCAGAAAGUCACUAAACCAUCAAAGUCGGUGGACACCUACGACAACUAUUGGGAUAGCAAACAUAAGCCUCCCUUGACGGCCACACUCAGUCUGAGGAAAGAGCCAAUUUUGGUAGACGCUGAAGAUGACAUCAAAGAUGAGAUAAUAUGGCCAUCUCCUUCCUUGUUGACUAUGUCCUCCUCUCUACAUGGUUGCUCCGAUGAAUUUUUAAACAUUUCAUCCAACCCAAAUGGAGCUUCUCGAACAAAUCCCACCUAUGGUUAUUUCCCCCCUGAAGACGAUCUAGAUUUAUACACUGAACCGGAAUCUAGGAUGGUAAAUAUUAAGCGGCAGGAAUUUGCCAAGCCUGAUGUUUGGCUAUUUAAAAACGAUCUGAAUCCGCCUUGUCACAAGCGUUCGCAUUUAGCCAAAGAGACAGGUUUUAUGAAGUGCCAAAACUGCGGUGUAUCCUCCGGCGGUCCUAUAUGCCAAAAGUGUGAUAAUAUGGUUCUCUUCAGGCCAGAUGGUACAGCAUUGAAGCAAAGCAGCUUAGCAAUCAAAUCUGCUGUCCAAAAUGAGGCUUACUCCUCCAGCCCGGCUCUACGAGAGAAGACCUCUUACGGGACAACGCCGCAAGACAGGGCUUCUCAGCAAAAUCCAAAAACUAAAACUUCCAGCACAGUGCGAUGCGGCUUUUGUAACCGAAUAGGGGCAACAAAUACUUGCACAAUCUGUUCCAAAGUCUCGUGCGAUGCUUGUAUCGUUUCUUACUGUCAUGAAUAUUGUUGCCGAAAAAGCGAUCACCAUAAAUUUGCACCAAACAAUCAAUUGAACUAUAAAUCACCCCAGCUGUCUCAUCUUGUGUAUAGAUAGAUUCGCAACUUAAUCUCGAUAAAGGGCUAACGUGCAGAACCAUAGACUGGAACAGAACUAUAUCCCCAACCUCUAGAACAAGAGCGCACGGAAAUGUUCAGGGAGGAGAUUUCAAAAGUUUUUAUGGUUUCAGAAUACUGUGGAUGCUUCUAGUCCUCGCUGCUACAACGGUGCAAUAAUCCUUUCGGGCUUGCUAUUUAAAUUAUAAUGCAUUUCUCCUCACAUAAAAUAAAUCACAGUGCUUAUAGUGAAGCAUUGAUUUUAACGUAUGGGGAGAGUUAAAAAGCAUAACCAUGUUGCAUAAUUAAAGAAAAUAAAUGAAAUUGAAUUAAAUACAAUGCAAAUAAACCUUGCCCACUUGGACUGAGAUUGACAGCUGGGCACAUGCCAUAUUUCCCCAAGUGUCGAUGAGCUGCCGUUUUUUUGCUCAGCCUCAAGUUGGCUAUAUAAUACUUUGCUCCUCUUCUUUCAAACGCGUGCUGUUAAUUUAUAUAGCAAGUGAGCACUUAAAGGAUCUGUUCGAAAUGCUACAUCCUGAAGGACUACACUCUUACAGUUGGUUUUAUUGUAAACCUACAUGCUAAUUCAUUCAUGGAAUAAUUUGCCAAUUGAUGGAGAACCUCUCUUUGUUUGGUUCUCUGUGUCUGGUGUGCAUGCAGUGAUUCUGCAGAAUUGGUAUCUUAAGAUCAGUGUUUGUGUUGUCCAGCAUAGUGUAUAGGAAAGAUGUUCCCUAUUUUCAAUUGUUCGGCAGUUUGUGUACUCUAGGUAAGUUUAAGGGAGUCACUGCUUUCUUUAUUAUCCUCCAAUAUAAAUGUACAAAAGCAGUGCCCAUGCAUCAGAAGAUUAUGCUCUAAUAUGUUACAUGGUGUCCUAAACCUUGCUACUCAGAGGAUGGGGUGGGGGUUUGAGACAAGGUAGGGGUGGUAAAUCCUUUUACAGCCAGUUAAAGAUUUUAUAUCUUAAGCUGUGCAAUUUCAAUAUGUUCAUUUAUGUAAGUGCUUCCCGACUACAGCCCUCACGGUCAAUGGUGUCUAGCCGUAGUUUGACAGGUAUCGUGACUUGCAUCUCCCAUGGUGCUCAGCCAGCCUAUAGAGUCUCUGCAUCAUUUUACAGUGAACAAACGUCUGCAGCGCUGUGUUAGCCGUUGCUUGCUUAAAGGAACUAUAAAGACUAUAUUUUUGUUAACUAUUUUAGAACAUCACAACAAGCUCUCUGUAGUGUUUGCUGGCAGAACUUCACAUGGUGUUACUCAUAUCUGAAACUGGGCAGUGAAGGAAAGAAUGGUGUCCCAAAAAACAAAAUGAACACUGUCUGCUUAGUCCUUUCCAGACUGCCUUUCAAUGCAGUCAUACCAUUCCAUGCCUUAUGGUAGUAUGGAAUGUCCCGAUUACUUAAUAUUAGCUGCUCUUUACAGACCUGAUACUUUCACAAAAUUAUUUGCCAUUGGCCUUUAAGGGGUCAAAGAGGAGUUCAUUUAUAGGAACAAUCCAAACCCAGGAAAUACUUAAGUUUUCUGAAGUGCUUAAAGGGACACUCCAGGCACCCAGACCACUUCUGCCCAUUGGAGUGGUCUGGGUGCCAACUCCCACUACCCUUAACCCUGCAAAUGUAAUUAUUGCAGUUUUCAGAAACUGCAAUAAUUACCUUGCAGGGUUAAGUCCUCUAGUGGCUGUCCACUAGAGGGCACUUCCUGGUCCUUAGUGAGGACCUCCAGCGUCGCCAAAAUCACCAUAGGAAGGCAUUGAAAAGCAUUUUCAGUGCUUUCCUACAGAGAGGUCUAAUGUGCCCGCCGACUGACGUAAUGAAGGGGAGGGGCGGCGGAGGAAGAAGCAGCGAUGUGAGACAUGUCGCUGCCUCUGGUAAGUGACUGAAGGGGUUUUCAUUCCUACAGCAACCGGGGAUGUGAGGUGGGAGGGGACCUGCAGUGCCAGGAAAACUGAUUGUUUUCCUGGCACUGGAGUCCCUUUAAUGGUUAACAGUGUCCCUGCAGCAUUUAUUUAAAAAAUAAGUGUCACUUUCAAUAAAAAUCCACUUGGCGUUCACUGGUGGCUGGCAACCAAUAAUCAUUGCUGGCUCUGUGUGAAGAUGGCUGCACAUGCUCCCUUCCUCGCAUUCAGCUGAUGAUCUCCCUCCAAGUCAGAGCUGAGCUUCAGCGAGAGAUCCCCUUAUAACUGUCUUAGAGGCAAGUAAUCUCUUUAAAAAUCGUAAACUAAAAAGUGUUUACAACUCUCCAGCGUUAUUAAUAAAAGCUUAUACAACACUGGAUUGUUCCUUUAAAGGAAAUUCAAGCUGAAUUCAAACAUAUUGGAAAAAAAGAGUCCUAAUAUUGAAUCUCUUCAAUGCCAUAUUAGACAGCUCUGCAAUAGGGCGUAAGUCACGACCCCCAAACCUUUGUAAAACGUGCAGUACUAGCAUUGGUACAUCUCCUGGUAUAAAAUAAUUUAGGCGUUGCUGCUAAUUUUGCUUGUGAAGCAGCACAAUAUAAUAUUCUAAGUCCUAAUGCAAGCCACACAUAGAAAUGCGUUGUGCAAUUUAAUUUUAAUUGUUCUUUUAUCACAGCUAGUUUGAUAGGUCGAAUUAGCUAUGGUUAAUCCAUAUAUGUAUGUAUGGUCUCUCAUUAUUAUUAUAAUAAUUAUAAUAUAUAGCGCCAACAAAUUCUGUAGCGCUUUAUCACCCUCAGCCCGAGUAUACAAUGGAGAGAUACUAUUAAUAGGCAUUCCAGAACUCCUGGUUUCGCCCAGUACUUAAAGUGCUCCUUGUGCGUAGACCCAAUGCUGACGUGUACCAGCACUGACUCUUUUAAAAGGGGCUUUGUAGGAACCAUUCCGUAUUUGCAGAGUGCUCUAUCCUUCUCAUUAACCAGCCGGGUUUAGUAGUUAGAUUUCCUCUUUUAACGGUUUAGGUGCUUGACAUUUCCUAACGAAUGCACCUUGCUGAGGCAGUAAGGAAGCCUUGCCAUAUAUGGAACUCAAGAUCUUUAGUUUCUGAGCCUAGAUACAGCUUAUGGGAGACUCCAAAGCUACAGUCUGUUCAUCCUGAUUGUACACCACUCCGUGCCAUUAGUUGCAACUCCGUGCUAGGAAGGACCUAUGACAACCCAGAACUGGAUCAAUAUGAUUUAAUAGGUCUGUGCUUUAGCAUUCGUAGCCCAUGGCCUUCACUGCUGUCAUUCAAAACAUGAAUUCUUUUAGGAACCCAGAUCAUGUACACAGCUUUAGCUUGACUCAUUUGCUUAAGUGGUAAAACUAUCUCAAUGAGCCAUUCACUUGUAAAAUGUGACUAUAUCAAUAUGUAUCUUAACCUUGCUGCAAGGAAGGCAGUACUGCUAAAGUACAUUAUCAGCUUUAACCUGUUACCUGAGGAAUAGGACCUGCCUGAUCUAUCCAAGGGGGCCAACUAAAGUUUGACCCAGGGGUUAUGGCAUGGGGAACGGCUUCGGCUGAAUCAUUUGGUUUCUGUAUGAAGCCUUUUUGCACUCCACUCUGUGUCGGCCCCAGUGAGCACUAUAUUAAUCUGUGUGAAUAGGGAUGUUGGUUUCCUAAGGCAUGGUGGUGGGACAGAAGGUCUGGGUGCUGCCACAAACAAAGUGUUCAAUUAGAAUGGCCAGGGUAUUGAUCUGCAUAAUUGCAUAUUGGAAAUUCAGCUUGUUAAUUUUCAAACUUUAAUAUUAAUACUGCUUAAUUGUCGUUUGUGUACACAUUUUUUUUUUAAAAAACGAAUCUAUGUAAGAACUCUUUUAGAACUUUUUUUUUUUCUUGAUUCUCAUCUGUGCUAAAAGGGAAUUCCACUAUUUGGUGUUUCAAAGCCUGUACACAUUUUCUCUGUGAGAUGGUAGACAUUACUGUACAUGCAAAGUGCCAGGUUGGUCUUUUAUUUUUCCCCUCCUGCAUUUACUGUACAGGCAUUAAAGACCCAUGUGAGUGAUCUUGGUAUAAUGCAUUUUGGGGUCCACGCUGGUGCACCUCCCAAAUCCAUGUUACUGUCCCCAACAUGAAAUAUGACAUAUAAAUACAGGUCCUCCUGUAUCCAUAGCCUGCUUACAUACAUAUUUAACACUUAGCUUCUUGCUUUCAGAUGCCCAUUUAGGUAUCAUGCUCCGUCCAUUUCUCUCCGUCACCUUCUAACUCUCCCCAGAACACAGAUAAAACGUUCCGUAAGGAGUUUGACCAAAAAAACCUGAAUGUGAAAUCGGAAUUGUCAGUUCUGAGUGAAGCACGUCCUUUCUCUAUCAACCCAGGAAUCCAAUUUGAAGUAAUUGCUGGGGUGAAUAAUAUAACAGAGGCAAGUAACUAAAAUAAUGCCUCGGCAGCAAUUUCAUGUCCAGAGCAACAUUAAUCCAUCUUAGAGUGACCAUACCCGUUUGGGCAUUUGCUGAUAAAUACUGUAGUAGCAGAGGCUCGCUCAAGAACUCCUUCCAUAAUACUGUAGGAGUGUAUAUGGUAAAUGUUGGGUUAAAUUAACUUGUAUGCAGUGCUCUGUGCCAAGACAAACAGACUUACAAAAACUAACAAAAAAACCCAUUCAGAUUUUAAAUAAGUAAAUGGUACAAACAUAGCUAUUUUUUAGUUUGUGCAAAAAUGUGAGAUCUGACCAUUCCGCUUUGAUUUUCCCCAUAAUCUACUGAUGCCAGCAAGCCAUGUCACAAAUUUGAACACACAGCCUUCAAUGUAACAGACAAAGCAUGGAAAUUGGACUCUGCACAAUUCUAUCCGAUGUACUAUACUCCUUCACAUUGAUAUAUACUUAAAGUUAUACUGUCUUGCUCUAUAAAUCGAAAGUGAACUGCUCUCCGAAAAAUAAUUUUGCAUAUUCUUAAUGUAUAUAGAUAGAUGUAUAUAAACAGUGAUGAAUUUAACAGAAACCUAUAAUCCAUGAAAUGUACAGUGCCUAAUCUGCUAUUUUAAUAUAUAUUUUUUUUCCAGAUCUAUAUUUGCCGGGCCACUCUAGAUAUUUUGGUUUCCAUCUUGUUAAUUCCAUUCACUGAAGUAAUAAACUUGCAAUGCCACGUAUCCUGUACACUGAUCAUAGCAGAGCAAUUAUUUUUGCUUUACCUAGGAGUCCUUUGUCUAUAGUGCCAUAUAUAGUACUAAAACUGUUGCGUUGCGAGUGAUCUAAUGCUAUUUUUGUGUGUAUUUUGUUGUAUACGAUUGCUGUGAUGACAGUAAAAAAGAUCUAAAAUAUAAACUAAUUUAAAAUAUG